AUGGCAACCAUGGAUUUGGAUUGCUUCGGCAAGCGGCCAAAGGCCGACGAUGAAGACAAGCUUUCGAUAUUUUCGGGCGCAGGCCGAUCUUUGGUCUCGGCCGAUGCCUUGCGCAUCUUAGAUCCCAGUGUGGACCAGUUCGUGAUCUCGCAUGUCCUAACCGGAGGGCAGUGGGAGCGCUACGACACAUCCGCUCAAGAGCCAUGUUGGACUCUGGCAAAUGAUGGUGUCGUGGUGGUGGCAAAAGAGCGGUUUGACGAAGCCAGCGACUUAAACAGUUGGCUGAGAUCAAGCUUUCAGGUUGCCUUCUUCAGUGCCCUGGAUGCACGUGAUGCCUAUGCUGCCUUGCUGGAAAGGUUGGAUGCGGCCUUAGAUGAGGAAGAUCGGCUUGACAGGCUCCACCAUGUCUUGGCGACUGGCAACCGCCAGGGCAUCGCACGCACCUUCCAUGGAGUGGACCUCAGUGUGCAUCCUACGAAUCGGCCGCUCCUACUGCAUUGUGCCGCCGAGGGCUACUCGCAAUGUCUCCAUGCGCUGAUUCAGGCAGGCUUUGCGCCUGACGUGCAUGGCAGCAACAAGUGCAAUGCUCUUCAUCUGGCAGCUUGGGGUGGACACACUGACUGUGUGGAGCUCCUUUGUCAGAAAUGCCCUCAGCUUUCCGAAGAGACGAACAAGUGGCGGGAAUUCCCGGAGCUUGCAGCAUAUGGCCGGGCAUGCGAGCUUGACAUUGCAGGUGAGGUCAGUUCGAAGAGAUUCUAUCAAGCAGGCGAACGAUGUUUGCAGACCCGCAAGGGCAAUGCUGAGCUUGACAAGACUUGGUUUCAAGAUGAUUCGAAGGAGAGGCUUCAGCAUUGCUUUCAAGCCAGCAUCAAGAAUGUGAGAAUCUCCCCAGGCACUCGCCCAGCUGACGUUGCAGCUGCUGCGAGCCAGAUGACAUCCGACUGGCGAGUCACCGAUCUUUCGGUGACAUUUGUCGACUUACGAGGCGUGGAAGUGCUGGAUGUCCUUCUGAGUGCAGCUGCUCAGGGACAUUUCCUCCAGCACCUGCAGCUGGAGGGCUGUGGCUUAGGCCGUCCAGAGGCAGCUUGCUUGCGAACGUUUCUGGAAAGGAGGACGACAUCAUUGGCGAAGCUGGACCUCAGCAGCAACCCCUUGGGCGAUGGAGUUGUCGAGCUGUUUUGCCCGGCCCUGUUCCGUGUGAAAGAUGUUGUUCUCGACAACACGAAGCUGUCAGAGACGACGGUGGGAUGCUUUGGGGAGCAGCUUGCCUGCGCCAUGGACGUCGAAGUAGUCAGCCUGGACUCAAUCCACUUCGCCCGGAACGACCUAUCUCACGUUGGCGAUCUUGAUGCAAAUGCAGGCUUCGGAUCGUUCCUACAAGUCUUGUGUCAAAAGAGCUGUCCACUGCGCAAACUCUACCUCGAUCACACACGACUCUCUCGACAGCAACUGGAGGGGCUUGUAAACGCACUUCCAAAUUUUGGCCUCGUUACCCUUAGUUGCCAUGGUCUCUGUCUUCCGGCGGAAUGGGCCGCAAAAGGGGGAAAGCUGAACCAGGCACUCCAUCAUGAUCGCUGUGUGCUGAAGCGAAUCGAGGUUGAUCGUGGUCAGGGAAGCGAGGAAUUUGACAAGCUGUGGAAGGCCAUCAAAUUACGGAAUGCAGCGCGAGAGCAGCCACGAGGACAAAAGGGCAAAGGCAAGAGCAAAGGCAAAGACAAGAAGGGCAAAGGAUGCAACGACAUUUCUGGUCCUGCCUCUUCUUCAACCGGGCGAGAGGAAGUCCAGCACAGCUUCUCCUUCCGCGAGCCGUUCGCGGUGUGCCUUCGAGCCGUCUAUUGGGAUGCACGGCGCUCCUCCUGGAAGGGAGACUUUCUUACGGAGUCUGCUGGGGCUGUAGCUGGAGUUCUGCUGCCGAGGACCGGCGACAGCCACCCAGAAGCUGACGUGAACUCCGUGUUCAACAUGACUUUGAAGCUUCAACGAGCCCCAGAGACAGUGGACAAGAGCCUGAAGGCAAACGAUCUUGCUGUUGACAGCAUGCAGCAGGAGACCUCAAGGAGCAGACACUUCUUGGAGUUUGUUCGGCUGGUUUUUGUGCGUGAAUCAACCAGUCAAAUCCUGACACUGAGCGCAUCCUUCAGCCCUGCCGCGCUGCAGCUCAAACAGGUGUUCAUGCUGGACUCCUUCCGUGGACUGCCAGAUCUUCCAAAAGAGAUGAUACCACAGCUAGGGCAUCUUCUUUCCAAACUGACAGAUGCUGAACUUCUGUCUCUGCUCGAUUCUGGCGUCGCAGAUUCGCUGCUGCAUCCUUGGUCCGGCAAGACUGGAAGGUUUGUGGAUGAUGUCGCGAGGUCACAGCAUCGUGCGCGCGUCAGCUCACCGGCUUGGCAGGCUUUGUCAAAGCUGGCAGAAGCUGAGAAAGCCAGCCGCCAGAAGCCCAACGAAGUGGUGGAAUUGAGGCGCAUGCUGACCUUCCGUUUGGCUUGCCAGCUGCAGUCCGGGGCCUCGACCAGUAGCCGAAUGAGCUAUGACGAGCCAGAGAAGGCCUUCCUUCAGGAGCUGCAUCGCACAACUUUGCGGGGGAGUGGUGUGCACAUUACUAGACACCGCGAUGGGGGAGGCAAGAAGGAGACGACAGAUGUUGUCGAUUGCACUGGCAAAAUGCUGCAGAGGCUGCUAUUUUGCAGCAUUCCUGAGCGUCUCAUCAAUGACGAGAGUCCGAACGGGCCGGUGAAGUGGCUGCCAGACUCGCGAUGGGGCGGCAGCAGAACAAUUCUGGCCAGUGACAGGCUAGUGACAGGCAGCAGGGACGGGACGGUUCGCGUCUGGGAUCCUCGCACCCAGGAUCCAGUCCUUUCGCUUGAGCCCGUCGAGGGCGAGACACCCGCCGACUGCUGGACAGUGGCCUUCGGUAACUCCUACAACGAUGCAGAGCGCUGCAUCGCUGCAGGAUACGACAACGGUGACGUCAAAAUUUUCGACUUGCGAACCAACACGCUGAGAUGGGACACGAACGUCCGGAACGGGGUGUGCCACCUCCAGUUCGACAGGAAAGAUAUCAAGAUGAACAAGCUGGGCGUUUCGACGCUGGAGUCGACCCUGGUGGUUUAUGACCUCCGCACGUAUCACCCUGAAGAGGGCUACGCAGGUAGGAAGGAGAAGGUGACAAAGAGCACACUUUGGGGGGCGCACUUCCUGCCGCAGAACAGGGAAGUCUUCGCCUCCUGCGGUGGAAACGGAACCAUCACCUUGUUCAAGUACUCCUACCCCGAAGAACGGUCCAUCCAGGACAAGGAAGGCAUAGAUCGUGGAGUUGCCGGCACCGUCGAGAUGCUCAAUCAGAAGGAGCUGUCAACGCAGCCCGUGAUUUCCUUCGACUGGCACAUGAACAAGACCGGCCUCUGUGUCUUUGCAUGCCUGGACCAGACUUGCCGCGUGGCCAUCUGUACCAAGUUGCAUCUCUACUGA